AUGGGCGAUGGCAAGGCGACCACGGCUGCUCUCGUUGCUUCCCUCGGGGCUUUUCUCUUCGGCCUGGACAUCGGCUACAUCGCCCCCAUUCUGGAAUGCCCCAGCUUCAAGAGGGAUGUUGGGCAUUUGUCGGACUGGUCCGACUCCAACUCGAAGAUCACUUCGGUGGAGGCCGGCUUCAUCGUUGCGAUCUUCUCCGUCGGAUGCUUGACGACUUCCUUCCCGCCGAUCAGCAGUUUCUUCCUGGACCAGUUUGGCCGGAGGAGCUCCAUCAUGCUGGGAGGGAUCAUCUUCUUGCUGGGCUGCCUGCUGCAGUCCUCUAGCGGAUCUAUGGGAACCUUCCUCUUCGGGCGAUUGGUGACGGGGACUUCUAUCGGCCUCUUGAGCAACGUGGUUCCCAUGUACCAGGCAGAGAUGGCGCCGCCCGCGCUGCGCGGCACCCUCACGUCGAUGUACAACAUGAUGAUUACCGCAGGCAUCUUUCUCGCAGCCCUGCUCGAUGAGUUUCUCGUGGAGAUGGACAACGGCUGGCGGAUGGCUAUCGCCUUGCAGGCCAUCCCGGCUUUCGUCAUCUUGCUCACCAUGCCUUUCCUGCCGCGCUCCCCGAGGUGGCUGGUACAACAGGGACGCCUGGAGGAGGCCUCCGAGGCUUUGACCUUGCUGCGUGGAUCGGAGAUGGCCGAGAAGGAGCUGUCCGAAAUUGUGGAUGAGUUCAAGGCAGAGUGUGCCGUUGCAAGUGGCAGCUGGACUGAGGUCUUCACUGGACGCAUGCUGCUUCUGGUGGGCAUUGGGGCAUCGCUGCAGAUGCUGCAGCAGCUCGUGGGGAUGAACUUUUUCAUGUAUUUCGGCCCGCGGCUGUUCAAGCACAUGAACUUGGACGCCAACCUAUUUCAGACGAUUGCCAACGGCACGAACAUGAUCUUCACACUCCCUGCUCUCUACUUCAUUGAGAAGACUGGGCGCCGGUCCCUCUUCAUCACCGGAGCUAUCGGAAUGGCGGUCUCCAACUUCGUCCUGGGAUUCCUCGGGAUCUAUGGCACGACAGGCCAUGGGGAGGACAGCAAGCCGUCCUCCCCUCUGGUGGGCGUCGUUCUCGCAGCCAUGGUCCUGUGCUUCAUUGCAAGCUUCGCAAGCACGUGGGGCCCGACAGUUUGGGUCUACUGUGCAGAGAUGUUCCCCUUACGUCAUCGGGCUCGCUGUGUGGGAGUGACAACAAUGACGAACUGGGUGGGAAACUUCCUCAUCGCCCAGUUUUCGCCAAUCUUGCUGUCCGCAAUCGGGUUUGGGACCUUCCUCCUCUUUGGUGGCUUCUGCAUCGUUGCGCUGCUGUUGGGGCUGUGGCUCCCCGAGACAAGGGGGGUUCCACUUGAGCAGAUUGGAACCUGCUUUGAUGAGCGAUUCGGAUUGCUGGAGGGCAAAGCAGCAGACACAGAGAGCUAUGGGGCAAUUUCGAAGAGGAUGUAG